AUGUCUUACUACGAACAGGCCGGUUCAAGUGCUGCUGGCAUUGAUCAUCGACGGAAAUGGGACCAGGACGAGUACGAGAAGAAGGCCUUAGAACGAAUAAAAUUAGAAAAACUGGAGGAUCUUACCAGGAGAGGUGGCAGACCAAAAGAUGAACCGAAAGUGAAAAGAGAGUUGCUGAAGGCCAGAGAUUACAAGGUCGAUCUUGAAUCAAAGUUGGGUCGCUCUGUUGUGAUAAACAAAACUACACCUGCAGCUGAAACUGGUGGUUACUACUGCGAUGUCUGUGAUUGUGUAGUUAAAGAUUCGAUUAACUUCCUUGAUCACAUAAAUGGCAAAAAUCACCAGAGGAAUAUGGGAAUGUCAAUGAAAGUGAAGCGAAGCACGUUGGAUGAUGUCAAGGAACGGUUCAAACUCAAAUUAGCUGAAAAGGAAUACGAAAAGAAACAAAAAAAUAUGGAAGAGAUAUUAGGAGAUGUAUAUGAAGAAGAAGCCAAAAUGAACGAUUACAAAAAGGAGAAGAAAGCUGAACAACGCAAACGAAAGCUGAUAGAAUCACUACCCGAGGAGGAAGAACUGGAUCCUGAGCUUAAAGCCAUGAUGGGUUUUGGUGGUUUUGGGACUUCGAAAAAGAAGUAG